CGUUAUGGUAUUUUUACGUUCCGCACUUGCAGUCACACUGUUUUUCAUAGGUCAGCACGGAUGCUGAUUUUUCCAAACGAGGACUUUUUGGUUUUUAUAUCAAAAUUGGUUGCUUUCACAACACAAAAAAUAUUCCCCAACAAUUUGGAAUCACUUUAAGUCUGUGCUUGCACAUUCGACAACUGAAAUUUGAGCCACAAGAACGGCAUUUUACGCAGCGCAAAACCGCAGUCGUCACACCUUUGGACAUCAAUCACACCAAUACCUUCAGACAUUAUUAGAAGAGGACGGCAAAUAAGCGAAAAUAAAGCAAAGGCAAAAGGUCUUUUUGAGAAGCAAACAUAAAGAAGGCACAAGUACUGAAUCUAGUACUUUUUAAACGCUUCGAUUUUCGAUUUAAACCGAAAACCACUCGAAUAACCUUUUGGAAAUAUUACGCAAGUAUUAUUUCUGGGUAUAAUUGUUAAUAAUCAUGGCUCAGUAAAGAUGAAUCCUCAACGAAAAAUUGUCGCGCAACGCACUCCUUGUGGAGACGAACGUCAACGCGAGACGCAGUUUGCUGUCGAUUGGCAGCAACAAACAGCCAACGCACAAUCUUCCGCUUUCUUCUAUCCUUCCCUCAACAAGCACUGCGGCCUUAACGCAGCCAACAAUAACAAAUACAAUGGAAAACAACAACAAGAAGCAACCGCCACAACAACGUGCAAAUAAAUCAUCUGGAGAAGCACAACGCAAAUCUAGUGACUUGUAUGUCAACAAAACUCGCAAUUCUCGACGUCGCGAACAGAUUCCUACACCACGCAACGAGCAGCAACAACGCAGCACUAAGCAACAGCAGCCGGGAAAACUACGCGCCAAUGUGGACAAGCGUCCACGUGCCCGCGGCGGCGGGGGCGGUGGUGUUGGAAACAAUAACAACAAUUUCGACUUCAGUCAGGGGUCUGGCAAUGGGGAUGGCAUUGCAUGCACCGGUCCGGAUAACGCUUAUGGCGGCUCCGGAUUAGCACCUGCGGGCGCCGGCUACAUGCGUAGUGAUCUUGACUAUGAGUUAAAUUCUGUGUAUGCGCACGGCAGCAAGAAGCAGAACCUGAACCAUCUGCUGAAUUUUCAUUGCGUGCCGCGUGAGUCGUCCAACACAUCCGACUGGCACGCCAGUGGACAUGGCAUGGUGUCGACACGUCGACAGCCACGUUACAACAAGGAGCAGUUUUUGCAGGCAAACUUUCAGUUUGUUAUACGCAGCAGCGCCAAAGCGCAGGUUAAUGGUUCGCCGGACACGUUGAUCGAUUGGAAUCUUAUCGAACAGAUCAAUAUACAUACCACCGAGGAACCGCAGUGUCCCAUUUGCCUCUAUCCACCGGUGGCUGCCAAGCUAACUCGUUGUGGCCACGCCUACUGCUGGCCCUGUCUGCUCCACUAUCUUUCAUUGAGUGACAAAAGCUGGCGCAAGUGUCCGAUCUGCUAUGAUGCCAUCCAUGCAGCAGAUUUGAAGAGCUGCACCAUCGAACAGCAGCACGCCAUGAAUGUGGGCGAUACCAUCAGUUUCCAUUUGAUGCGCCGACGCAAAGGUUCCAUUUAUAUUGAGCGUUAUACUGGCGCAACCGCCGCUGCUCUAGAGCCUCACGAACGUUUUCCCUUGCUAAGCGCCGUGGAUGAGGCCAAACAUUUCUCGAAGUUCUUAAUUGCCAAACGUGCAGAUGUUGCCGCUAUUGUUGAGCGCGAACGUCGCGAACUGUUGGCCGAGUCCGAUGUAUCCUGCCCAGAGGAUAUAUUUAUACAGCAGGCGCUGAUAACACUAAACGAACGUUGCGAAAAACUUGGCUUAGAGCCCGAGGAUCAGCAACCGAUUAUACAAGUCGUAGAAGAAAAGCAAUUGCAAGCUAAAACUCCAGAUACUGAUAUUGACGAAGCCUCCGUCUCAUCUUUUGGCGAGGCGAGCAGCAGCAGCAGCUCCAACAUCAGCAACGGCAACAAAUAUUAUUAUUUCUAUCAAUCAAACGAUGCGCAAAACAUUUACUUGCAUCCAUUGAACGUGAAGAUGCUACAGGCAUGCUAUGGCAGCUUGGAUUUGGCUCCAGUGCUGAUCACUGCGCAGAUCAUACAAAAGGAACAUCACUCCAUGGACGAGGAACAUCGACGCAAAUUUACAUGCUUGGGUCAUUUGCCUUUGACCUGUCAGUUCGCUGUGGUCGAAGUGGAGCUGCAGUCUCCAAUUAUAUCGACCAGCAUACUCAAGCUCUUCAAGGACGAUAUACUACAGCGCAAGAAGGAGCGUCAACGUCGCGAGCGCGAGGAAAGGAAACGUGAGCAGCACAUCAAUGAAAUAAACGACCGCCAGAUGGGCAAACUAAUUGCCAGUUCAGCCAAUUUGAAUCUGAACUCCAAUCAAGAGUUUCCCACUUGUGGCUUUGAAGAGGAUUUGCCCUUACCACGCGGCGCUGUGCCCAUUACUAUUGCCCAGGCAGCAAGUGGUCCCUGUUACUCCAGCGUAGCUGCCAGUCCUAAAAAGGAGUUGUGGCCUAGCAUUGGAGGGGCCUCACCUGGCAGCUCCACAGGCUUGCGUCAUAGAGCUCCAGAGUUUCAGGUUGGCGCGUGGGGUCGAGCUGCACCAGCAGCGCCUGCAGUUCAAUCAACUGUAGCCAGUCGUCCCACUUUUGAUGAAGAUCAUGAACUGCGUGCCGUUGGCCCUUGGGCUCUGGGAGAGUUGCUUGUGGGUGCAUUGGGUCAACAGAAGCAACAACCGCGUGCAGGCAAAUCUAAUGCUAUUGCAGUGGAUGCUGUGACCAGCAAGAAGCAACAGAAGAAAGCUAAGGGCAAAAAAAUGGUACCGCUCUUUGCCGUUGGCAUGAAUAGAGCUCCGUAGUUUGAACCGGAAUAAGAUCUUAACAUUAUUAAUUAAACACGCUAAUUAAUACAUUGUAGCAAGAAAUUUUUGUUAAAAGCGCCAAGUUCGCAGGAUUAUUUCAAUGUUAUUGCAAAUAACUUUUUCUGAACCAUAAAACCCUUAUUUCAUAUGUAUUUCG